AUGUUCGCCAAAACAGCAGCUGUCAACUUAUCGAAAAAGGGAGGGUUAUCGUUGCUUUCCACCACAGCAAAAAGAACUAAAGUCACUUUGCCAGACCUAAAGUGGGAUUUUGGCGCUUUGGAACCUUAUAUUUCGGGCCAAAUCAACGAAUUGCAUUACACCAAGCAUCACCAAACGUAUGUGAACGGAUUCAACACUGCUGUAGAGCAAUUCCACGAACUCUCGAAUCUUCUGGCCAAGGAGCCAAGCCCAGCAAACGCAAGAAAAAUGAUCGCUAUCCAACAGAACAUCAAAUUCCACGGCGGCGGCUUCACAAACCAUUGCCUGUUCUGGGAAAACCUGGCUCCAGAGUCACAAGGUGGUGGUGAGCCACCCACCGGCGCUUUGGCAAAGGCCAUUGACGAACAAUUCGGCAGUUUGGACGAGUUGAUCAAGUUGACCAACACAAAACUAGCCGGUGUGCAAGGUUCCGGAUGGGCCUUCAUCGUCAAGAACCUGUCCAAUGGAGGCAAACUGGACGUUGUCCAAACCUACAACCAAGACACCGUCACCGGUCCCUUGGUUCCUUUGGUUGCCAUCGAUGCCUGGGAACACGCCUACUACUUGCAGUACCAAAACAAGAAGGUCGACUACUUCAAAGCCAUCUGGAAUGUAGUCAACUGGAAAGAAGCAUCCAGAAGAUUCGACGCCGAAAAGAUCUAA